UUUAUAUGUGAGAUACCUCUUUUCCUACUUAUUUAAACUGUUCUGAUCCAUUUUCUAAACAGUAUCACCAAAGUAAAUAGGCCUAUGCUGUUGACAUAUAUACUACUCUUUUGGUAUAUAUACUAGUUACAUGAAUCCCACAAAUCAUACCAUGCAUUAGUUAAAUUACCUCAAAUUAUACCCCUUGAAAAAGCAUAGCUUCUAAUCUUCUAAAAUGACCAAUUUUCAACCCAAAUCUCUUUCAAUUUUAUGCACACAAAUGUUAAUUAUAUCUUUGAUUUUCUUGGGAUUCACUGAGCCAAUUUAUUCAGAGAUGGGCACAGAUUUGGACCCGUAUGGAUCCUUUGAUGAUGAUCUAGGGCUCUACGACCCGUUUUAUGAUAAUAACAACCCCAAUAAUCCAACUUGUGAAGCACCAAUCCCACCUUAUGUGUUGCCUGUUUACAAAAUUGAUAUGAUUCUAUUGCAGUUUGCUCAAAAUUUGGAACAUUUAGAAUGUGAUUUUUUCUUGUGGAGUGCCCUUGGAUAUGGCCUCGACGAGGUGGCACCGCAGCUCACACUGGGCGGUCCACCUCCGAUCGGAGUCCAAAAGGCUAACCUUGACAACCUCACCAGGAAUAUUAUUACGGAAUUUGGUUUGGAGGAAAUUGGACACUUGAGGGCUUUGAAGAGGACAGUUGGAGGCAUCAUAAGGCCAUUGAUGGAUUUAAGUGCUAAAAACUUUGGAAAUGUUGUUAACAAAGCAUUUAAGUGUGAACUUAAGCCCCCAUUUGAUCCAUACAGAGAUAGUCUUAGCUACAUGUUGGCUUCUUAUAUCAUUCCUUACAUGGGACUCACUGGUUAUGUUGGUGCUAACCCCCAAAUUGCUGGCUUUCUUAGCAAGAGGCUUUUAGCAGGUUUACUAGGUGUUGAAGCAGGCCAAGAUGCAGUAAUUAGAAUGUACCUCUACGAGAGACGUGAUCUAAUAGUGCACCCAUACAAUUUCACUGUGGAAGAAUUUACAAAGCGAAUAUCAAUUCUAAGAAACAAUCUUGGCAUGUGUGGAAUCAAAGACGAAGGCAUAGUAGUCCCACCGGAGCUUGGAGCCGAGGGUCGGAUUUGUACAAACGUCUUAGCAGGGAACCGUGACUCGCUAUCGUAUGCUCGGACUCCUGCUGAGACACUUAGGGUUGUUUAUGGAACUGGCAAUGAACACAUUCCUGGUGGGUUUUUUCCCGAUGGAGCUAAUGGUGAACUUGCUAGGAUGUACCUCAAAGAACCUUAAUUCGGACUAAGUUUUUUUAAUUACUAUUGUUUUAUAAGUUUGUUAAAUCAUUCACUAUGGAUUUUUUAGCUACUAUAUUUGAAAACUGUUUACAAUUAAUUGAAGUAUUUCAGAAUAAAUAUUAUGUAAUUUUGUGCAGAAUUUUUUGCGCAAUAAACACGUUGUUGUUAACAACCAUGCAAUCGUGAGUGACUUGUGUCAGUGUGUGAAGGGGGACAUUAAUAUAUGGUUUAUGUAGCUAAUUUUCGGAAUUUGUGUUCUUAUUCUAUUUGAUGUAUGCUUGAUUUCAUUAUGAAAUUAAUUACGUGGUGUAAAUUGAUG